AUGCAAAAACCUAUCUCAGUCCCGUUUACUAUCAUUAAUGUGGACCACGGACACACUUACAUUUACAAAAGACAGGAAGAACUUGGUCGUGGUGGCUUUGCCACAGUCUACAGAGUUGUAGAACAAUCGUCCGGAAAAGAAUAUGCAAUGAAAGUUGUACCAAAAGAAAGAAUUUCAAAACCAAAGGCAAUCGAAAAAAUGAAGAGUGAAAUUGCUAUCCAAGCUUCAUUAAAUCAUCCAAACAUUUUAAGAAGCUAUGCUGCAUUCGAGGAUGCAACAAAUCAUUACAUAGUUACUGAACUCUGCCCAGGACAUUCAGUCAGAGAUCUUGUUAAGAAGGCAGGUCAUCUCUCUGAACUCGAAUCAUCAAAGAUCAUGAAAGAUGUUCUUGAAGGUCUCGCAUACUUGCACGAUAACCGUGUAAUCCAUCGCGAUCUCAAGCUCGAAAACUUCCUUGUUGGAAAGGAUGGUCGCAUCAAAAUUGCAGAUUUCGGCUUGAGCGCCAAGCUUGAUUACGAUGAUGAGAGAAAGUUCACAGUGUGUGGUACACCAAACUAUCUCAGCCCAGAAAUUCUUACCUCUGCUUCCAAAGGACACAGUUAUGAAGUAGAUAUUUGGGCUAUUGGAGUUUGCGCAUAUGCCAUGCUUGUUGGUCGUCCACCUUUCGAAACAGCAAGAACUAAACUCACAUAUGAGCAUAUCAAAACAUGCUCAUACCAUUUCCCAGUUGAGCCAAGGCUUUCUCACAUUGCCAAAGAUUUUAUCCAGUCCACAUUGCAAAUCAAGCCAGAGCUUCGUCCAAACGCUCAAGAACUCUUAGUUCACCAAUUCAUUACAUCAAUUGGUGUUCAGCCAAUUCCAGAACCACUUCCAGAGAAAGCUCCAGAAGUUGUUUACAAUCCUCCUGUUCCAGAAGUCAAGCAUUCCCAUCACCGCGAAGAAAACAUGGAUAUCAAUCAAAUCAUUUCAAGAAAUGCUCCAGCAUCAACAACACCAGAAACAACAAUGCCAAAGUACUGUGUUGCAAGAUUCUGCGAUCACAGUGAAAAGUAUGGCCUCGGUUACUUGUUGAUUGAUGGAACUGUUGGAGCUUGCUUCAAUGAUUUAAGUCGUAUGGUCAUGGAUCCAUUUGAAGAGUUUGUUCAAUAUUGGCCAAACUAUCAAACACAGACACCUGAAUUAAUGAAACCAUUCGAUACAGCACAGCCAAAGAAGCUAUCUAUUUUGAGGAAGUUCGCUGAAAGCUUAAAGAAGACGAAAUCCAUGUUCGAAUUGCCAAGUAGCAAGUAUAACUCAGCCAUUCCACUUAGGCAUGUUAAGUACUGGAUUCGUAAUGAUGAAGCCACACUCUUUAGAAUGGAAGAUCGCGAUAUCCAAGUCAACUUCAACGACAGAACUAAAAUUGUUAUCUUCUGGUCAACUAAAAAGUUGAUGUUAGUGCACUCUAUUAAAGAAUCAGGUAGGUUGAUUGGAUUGACCGAGCUGGCUAAUGGAGUAUCACACGCAGAAGAGAAGAAGCGAUUCUCUGUCGCAAAGCAACUUCUUGCUGAAAUGUCUGGUAGAUAA